ACAUGCUUCCUACACAAGCCAAUCUUUUGAGAGUUCUUUCUUUUCUUUUUUUCAGGCCUUUGACGCACUACCACUUGCAGCAGUCAUCGACGGAAAGUUUCUUGCUCUACACGGAGGUCUUAGUCCAGAUUUGAAAGUUCUGAGCCAAGUGGGAGCCGUAAAUCGUUUCCAAGAGCCUCCGCGUGGAGGACUGUUUUGUGAUUUGUUGUGGGCGGACCCUCUCGACGAAGCGAAAGACGAUGCAACUCGAAACCCCGAAGAUAGUUUUACUCCAAAUGAUGUCAGAGGCUGUAGUUUUUUCUUCGGUUAUUCGGCAGCAAGUAGCUUCCUCGAUCGUAAUGGCCUACUCUCCGUUCUCCGGGCGCAUGAGGCUCAGCUGGAGGGUUACAAGAUGCAUCAGACAAAUCAAAAGACAGGCUUCCCGACUGUAAUAACGAUAUUUUCUGCUCCGAAUUACUGCGACGUCUACAACAACAAGGGCGCUGUUCUAACCUUCGAGAAUAAUACGUUGAAUAUUCAACAAUUUAAUUUCAGUCCUCAUCCGUAUCACCUGCCAAAUUUUAUGGACAUCUUCACAUGGUCAAUUCCCUUCGUCUCGGAAAAAGUCACGGAGAUGCUUUACGGGAUUCUGAACUCAUCUGUAGACGAGGAUGAAGACGACGACGUGGAUAAUGUGGAGCUACCCCAAGACGUAAUAAACCUCAUGAACGCGCAACUACCAGAGAGCACGGCACGCCCCCGACGACCGGGUGGUGCCAACCAAUUGAGUAAAGAGCGUGCAGAUGCACUACGCAAGAAAGUUCAAUCCGUUGGAAGAUUAAUGCGCGUCUUCAAAACAAUACGCCAAGAAAAUGAAUUGAUUGUGCAGUUGAAGGGAUGCACCCCAGGGCACCGAAUACCCGUGGGUCUGCUCCUGCAGGGACGAGAAGGUCUUGUGAACGAACUGGACAGGUUCCAAAAAGCAAAGCAGAUCGAUUUGAUGAACGAGCGGCGACCCGAUGCGUCUUCAGCAUCUGGCUCCUCGUCAUCAUCGGCAGCUUCUUCUUCGUCGUCAGCCCCUUCGUCCUCCUCUGCUAGCACUGGUGGGGGUGGUUCAGGAGCGGGGAGGAAGCCGGGGAAUGAUCGUUCAGGCGGUAUCACUGGUGGUGGCAGUAGUAGUAGCAGCAGUAGCGGGUCGGGUAAUAGUCAUAGUAGCAGUAGCAGUAGCAGCGCUGGUCGAAAAGGGUCUCCAGGCACUCACUCGUCGUCUUCGAGGAAAGGGGGAAGCUUGUCUUCGUCUUCGAGUAAAAAUGGAGGUGGGGAACAGCAACUCCCGGCGAUGAGUGGCCUCCGUGGUUCUUACUGUGUUAUCGCGUACGGCAGAGCUUAA